AUGGGUUCCGGCCUCCUGGUAUUCCCACGGGAGCUGAUGGAGCAAGUCGUGCAAAACUUGCCAGCCGAAUCCAUCCACAACCUUCGAUUGGCGAGCAAAGGUCUGAGCAUCGCGACAACCGGUCCGCAUUUCUAUAGCCUGAUCCGACGCCAAACCAUAAACCUAACGCCGAAAAGUCUGGAUUCCUUGGAAGCGCUCAUUAAAUAUGAUGCGUUUAAUCACAAGGUUCGUCAUGUGCGAAUCAUGGCCGAGACCUUUGCGGUUGCCUCGCUAGAACAUAUCCUCGCCACAGGGAAGACCUCCCCCCCAGAAAUGGUGUUAGAAAAUUGGCUCGGAGGUGACUCGGUCGUCCAAUUGCGGUGGCCGUUGGUGCAACUUGGCGAAGAAGAGUUGCGGAAAAGAGCCGAUGAUCUGUCUUGGAUGAAAGCGCACCUCGAAACACACGAAGAGUUAUUGACAUCCGAAGAGGGUGAGCAAGAAGUGGUUAACCGGUUGGUAGCGAUAUUCCAACAACUCAAGGAUCUGUCACUAGACACCAUAGAGCUCGACGCUCGCUUCGUCAGCGGCCCGCGAUCAUACUCUCGCCCGGUGGCCCGUGAGAUGGUGGAUCUGGACCGCCAGCUGCUAUGGGCACGAGCCUCACAGCUUUACCGGCUUACCUUGACGGCAUUGGCACGGAGUCAAGUGGCCGUCCCCAACCUGCAAAUUCUCUCUCACGCCGCCGGAUGCAGCAUUCCGUCAUACGACAUUACUGCAGGGAUUCCCGGCUUGCUAGCGAAUAACGCAGGAGUCGCUUUAGCUGGUAUCAAGCAGUUGGCCUUCAGUUUUUCCAAUCGCAUGGAUCACGGAUGGGAACGGCUAGAACGCGUGUACGGCCCGGACGCUGGGAAAAGAGAGAGGCGACGGCAGCGUCUGCAGUGGGCGGAGAUCUGGGACGACGUCUACUGGUCGGAUCUACACGGGGUUGCUUCGGAGCCAGGGUCGGACUCGGGACAAAACACCGAUGACAGCGACUGGGAUUCGGAUGAUUCAGAGUACGACGCACGUAUUGCAGCCGAUAAAAAUUCUGAGAUCCGUGGCCGUUACUCGGACAUCGCCGUCCAGGCUAUCUGCCGCGAUAACUUCCCCGGCUUCGCACAGCUUUUGCAACAAAUGCGAAACCUCGAGUCCUUGGACGUACACAUGUAUCAGACUCUGGUGUACGAGUCCAACGAAGGACGUCCGAUGUAUCAUUAUUACUACAAAGUGUUCAACAACGUAAUCGACCAGGGGUUACGAUUCCAGCACCUCAAGCAUGUGGCCCUCUCCGGCCUUUGGUUGCGGCCCGACUCUCUGGUGGCUUUCAUGCAAGGACACCCACAGGUCACAUCGCUCGAGCUGCAAAACGUCGGCAUCCCAAUGUAUGUUUCCGGUCAAACGUCCUGGGGCGUGGCUUUGGCCGAACUGGCACAGGAUGCAGUCGCCCAACGCUCGGCUCUGGCGAGCGUGUUCUGUUCGUACCUAGGCAGCGAGCCCCAGGUGGGUGGUGCGAUCUCUCCAAAUUCGCACAACUUUUUGCGGGUCGGUGAACCUAUCCGAGACGAGUGGCUUCACCGCGGGUGGGUGUCGCGGUGGCAAAAGGGGGUGUUCUUGUCCGGUCGUAGAGUGCUGAGAGACGAAUUCACCCUCGAGGAUGCUUUUGGGCAAGGACGGUCAAGCCGGAGGGGCGGUCUUGUAGAUGUACCCGACAGCCGUUCGUGGGGGAUGGUGGAAGCUCAGUGGGAAGAUCGGUAUGGGAAAAACUAUCACUGA